UUUAAUUGCUACCGUAGAUGGCGCCGUGUAAAAUGCAGUUCCCCUGGACAAAACAAGCAUGAUGUACUGCUCCGCACAUAAUUAAUAAUAAUCCUAAUAUUUUGGCCAACAGAACAGAAGAUUUCGCACUCAUUGACAUUGAGAGGGGGAGCCUGUCAACUGAUUGAGGGGACGGUGAAGGUGAAUUAAGCCUCUAGGCCUAGAACAGAAUAUGUCUUCAGAUCGACUUAAAGCGCUCAAAGAACGAUCAAAGCAACGGAGACAAUUAUUGGAGAAACAGUUUGGUGUUGAGAAUAUUGGGAGUGUCUUGAAUACUGACUCAACUGCGGUCAAGUCAGCCGUGCCUGAUGUAUUACCAUCAAGCUCUCAAGAUGCAAGUUUGCCUCAAGCAUCUAAGCGGAAGGCAGGGCGAGAAGAGGACAGUGAGGAUUUGAAACGUUUAAAAACAUCAGAUAACCAAAACUUGGAAGAAGAAGAGGAAGAAGUCGGAGUAUAUAAAGAUUCUACAACAUUCCUUAAGGGCACACAAAGUGCAAACCCUCAUAAUGACUAUUGCCAGCACCAUGUUGACACAGGUCAAAGGCCACAGAACUUCAUAAGGGAUGUUGGUCUAGCAGAUAGAUUUGAUGAAUAUCCAAAAUUGAAAGAGUUAAUUAGAUUAAAAGAUGAACUUAUUUCCACGACAAACACGCCCCCAACAUACUUGCAAGCAGACCUAGAAACCUUUGACCUUCACGAGCUUGGCUGUGAGUUUGAUGUCAUUCUGAUUGAUCCACCCCUUGAAGAAUACCGCCACCAACCUGGAAUAUCCAACACGGAGACCUUCUGGAGUUGGGAGGAUAUUUUGAAGCUAGAUAUACAAGAUAUAGCAGCACAUCGAUCAUUCAUCUUCCUAUGGGUUGGCUCAUCAGAUGGCCUUGACAUGGGCAGAAGGUGUCUGAGGGAGUGGGGAUUCAGACGGUGCGAAGAUAUUUGCUGGAUUAAAACAAACAUUCGCAAUCCAGGACAUUCCAAAAACUUAGGGCCAACAGCUUUAUUCCAAAGGACAAAGGAGCAUUGUUUAAUGGGCAUAAAAGGAACUGUAAGACGAUCCACAGAUGGAGAUUUCAUUCAUGCCAACGUUGAUCUAGACGUCAUCAUCGACGAGGAACCGGAGCAAGGAAGUCUUGAAAAGCCGGAAGAGAUCUUCCACAUCAUGGAACACUUCUGUCUCGGCAGGCGGCGCCUACACCUCUUUGGAACUGACCAUACGAUAAGACCAGGAUGGUUAACUGUUGGCCCUAAGCUGUCCAAUACCAACUUUAAACCGGAAACCUACAGAAACUACUUCACCGAGAGCACCUUGUCAGGCUGCACUGACGAGAUUGAGAGGCUACGACCAAAAUCCCCACCCCCUAAGAACAAAGGCCAGAGAGGUGGGGGACAACGUGGUGGUGGGUCAAGAGGUGGUGCCAGAGGAGGUGGUGUACGAGGGGGUAUCAGAGGUGGUGGACCUGGUGGCAGAGGGAACAUGAGAGGUCGUGGCGGAAUAAGGGGAGGUUUUAGGGGUGGCAGGGGAGGGGGAGGACAUAGAGGAGGAUUCCCGCCUCGGAGUUAGUGUAGGUUAAUUCAUUACCAGUGAUAUGUUUUACUUAAAAUAUUGCUACUUGAAAAUAAUUAUGGUAAAUAUUUUAUAACAAAUAUUGCAAUCUCCAAAAACUAUGGAAAAAACAUAAGCACGUAAUUUUAAUUGUGGAAUAUAGGGUGAAUUUAAAUAAAUAGUGUCUGCUUUGGGCUAAUAAAAUUGAAUAAUUCAUUUGCUUACUAUGUAUAUUUAAGCAAGUAAUUCACUCUCAAUUGACAAUAUUAGAGCAGAAAACAUUAUUCAAUUAAUGCAAAAAUUAUGCAAAAACUGAAUUGAAUCUCUGUCUUAUUGAAAACUUAUCAAACAUCUGAUGCUUUAAAUGAGCAGCUCAGUGAUUGAAUUAAACAUGUUAAGGUGUUGCAUAUAUUUCUAAUAAUAAUGUUAUAAAUCUUAUAUAGCGCAUAAUUCUAGAGCCUCUAUGCGCUUUACAUUAACAGAAAAGAGAGAAUAAAAAGUAAUGGAGUCAGAAAAUAAAAAAAAACUAAAUCAAAAAAUGACCUAAAAUUAACCAGUUAACCGACAAUUUAAGGUGUUAGACCCGUCUGUACAUUAUUCACAGCAUGCCAUAAUGGUGCGGUUAUCUAAAUGUCUUUGACAUAAUCAAACAGACAGUAUAUCUCAAAGCCUAAUGAUUAAUUGCUUGAUAUGCUAGAAAAGUUAAAAACAAUGUAUUGAUUACCAUUGGAGUCUUUAUUUAAAUGUGAAAAUUUAUAGUGAUUUUGAAAUUCUGGCAAAAUCAUGAACAUGUGUUUUUUAUUUUAUAUACAAUUUUUUUACUUCUGUAAUGUAAGCAGAUUGUAGCAAGCUUUUUCUAAUGUAGUGUUGCACUACAAAACUCAAGUGACAAGGAAUUAAAAUUUCUUUUUUAUA